UUUCAGUCCCCCGCGGUCCCCCGGGGUGAGGCGGGCGGGGGCGAGAGGGCGACGCGCCGGUGACGUCACGCCUGCGCCACCGCGCCUGCGCCGCCGCCAUCUUGGCCGCGGACGGCGGGGCGGCCGCUGGCGGUCUGAAUGCGGAAAUGCGGACGCUCGGCGGGCGGGGAUUUUUGCUGGGCCUGGCCGCGGCUGCGGCGGCGGUGGCGGCGGCGCGGUGGAUGGGCUGGUGGAGCGGCCGCGCUGGCCUUCGCCUUUUCGUCCCCGAGGAGCUGGCCCGCUACCGCGGCGGCCCCGGGGACCCGGGCCUCUACCUGGCGUUGCUUGGCCGCGUCUACGAUGUGUCCUCCGGCCGGAGGCACUACGAGCCUGGGGCCCACUAUAGCGGCUUCGCAGGCCGAGACGCAUCUAGGGCGUUUGUGACUGGAGACCACUCUGAAGCAGGCCUGGUGGACGAUGUAUCGGACUUGUUGUUCUCGGAGGUGCUCACACUUCAAAACUGGCUUGCUUUCUAUGAGAAGAAUUACGAGUUCGUUGGAAGGGUGAUAGGAAGGUUCUACGGAGAGGACGGCCUCCCUACCCCAGAACUGACACAGGUGGAAGCCAUGGCCAGCCGAGGCGCGGACGUGGGCAGGCAGGCGCUGCAGGAGAAGCACAGGUUCCCGCCGUGCAAUGCCGAGUGGAGCGCCAGCAGGGGCAGCCGGCUCUGGUGCUCCCCGGACAGCGGAGGUGUGAGCAGAGACUGGGCUGGUGUCCCCAGGAAGCUGUACAAGCCGGGUGCCAAGGAGCCCCACUGUGUGUGCGUGAGAACAACUGGACCCCCUAGCGACCAGACACCGGGCCUCCCUGCACGCACGAACCGUGGGGACUUGGAUCACCCCAACUUGGGGGAGUACCCAGGCUGCCCACCCCUGGCCAUCACCUGCUCCUUCCCGCUGUGAGCCAGUGCCCUAGACGGCGAUAACCCACAGAGAACCCUGCCUGGAGGCAAGAGGGCCUGGAAGCACCCCGCCCACACUCUGCAAACGUGGCCCACACCCCUCACCAUGGGCUCGGCCUCCCGUGUCUGAGCCCAGAGCGUGCCUGCCUGCCCGGUACCGGUCCGCCUGCUCGUGAUCCGUGCACCGUCCUUCUUCAGAGCCCUCUGACAGUAACGUGCAUAAAUCUGCCCCACUUAGAACCAACUGGACCACCAGGCCCUCCCGUAACUCCGCACCCGGUCAGGGCACUGGGGGCACUGGCGAGAAAGAGACUGCACCAUUCCCUCCCGACUCAGACAGGCAGACGAGAAGCCACAGAUAAUUAACAGCGUCCACGUAACUUCUAGGUUCCUCACCGGCCAAGCUUGUGACCCCUGACUUUUACCCCCAGCCAAGCCACACCUAGUUGACAGGAGCUGAGCCCAACCUCGAGAGGGGACAAUGAAACGGGCAGGCUAACCCUGGAGAGAGAAGAGGUUUUGCGUGUAUGGACGCAGCAAAUACAGACGCUUCCCCACAACA